CCAAUGAAUCAAAAGCCACUGAAGAGUAUUCAUUUUCGAGUAGAGACACAUAUCGAUUUAUCUUCGAAGGGCAAGAUAUCAUCUGUUGAGAGUAAUUCUUAGCGUUACGGUUCCCCUAACUAAUUGCCUUGUCUUCAAAACAUAUGCAGAACUAUACAGGGUGAGGAUGGAACGGUAAUGAAUGAAGAUGAGGAGAUCAUAGGUCUUUGCCAUGAGAUCCCUAAUGAGUAGGGCCAAUAAUGUGAGUAGCAAUCGCACUACUAGAACUAAGUGGGUACUUGAAUUAAAUGAACGUAAAGAUCUUAAACAAUUAGAAUAAUGGACUGAUGUAUACUAAAUUUAUAUAGUAGCUAAUGGUUCAACAAUUAUAAUAACAACAGUAUAACAACAUUAGAGAUUUCUAUGAAAAAAUGGAGUUGGUCUACACUGGUUCCAUUACUUAACUAGGUUAAUAACUGGCUGUAAAGUGUAUAGAUUAUCAAACUAUGCUUGAUAAAAUAUGGUCAUCAUUUACUCAUGCAGUCAAAGAGAUUAUUGAGAAGUAAUCUGAAACAAAUAGAAAAUUAGAAAAAGAUUGUCUAUCAGAAACUGUGAAAUUGCAUCAAAUGUACUAAAAAACAUUGAAUGAUAAAGGUAGUAAGUUGUUGGAGGCUGAAAAAUAUUUGAAAUUAAAUUCUGAUUAAAAUGAUAAAAUGAUUAAGGAAGGUAGAUAUUUAAGAAAGAAAUGCUAAAAAUUAGAGUAAGAACUACUAAAUCUAAGAAGACAGUGUGAUGACCUUAAAUUGUAGAAUUCAGAUCUAAUCAGAGAAAUUGAUGCUAUGAAAGUAUUUAUUAAUUAUUCAGUGGAUCCCUCUAUUUACAUUCAUUAGAAUAUUCUUAAUUCAUAAUAAAUUGAAGAAAAAUUUGCAGAUGAAUUACAACAUGCAAAAAAAGAGAUGUUUGAAGAUUUUAAACAUUAAUUUGAAUAAAGGACUAUCAUAUAUGAAGAAAUGUAUUAAAAAAAAUUAGAUGAUUUAGAAAGGAGAGAAAUAUUAAAUUAAAAUUAGGAUGAUGAAUAAAUAUUAUUAGAUUAUUAAUAAACUAUUUUUAAGGAUGAAUGUGUAGGCAAUUCAGUUUCUUACAAAACAUAAGAAACAGAUACUUAUGAUUUACUUUAAUUUUAAGAUGCAGUUGUUUAAACAAUUUAUUUAAAAAAAAAAGUAUAUGAUUGGAGUACAUAAACACCUAGUAUUGUUACAUUUAAUUAAUCGGUUGAAGCCAACUUUUCAAUGAUAAAAAGGGAAUGUAUUCCUAGAAACAAAGAAGAAUAAACAUAUUUGGAAAUGUCUCGAUAUCCUAUUUAAGUUUUUAUUGAUGAUUAUAAUGAAAUCAAAAUUUAAUAUAAUAAAAACACUUUUGAUUAAGAUUUAAAUAAUUUGAUAGAGUAAUUAGAACAAAGAGCAAGACAGUUAUUUAAUAUAUUGACAAUGAAAGAAGAGUUUCAUUUAGAUGAUUUUUAAUCUGUUAGUUAAUAUGUCAUAAAUAGUUAUAAUAUUUUUGUGAAAUUGAUUCGAAGUUUAGAACUUCUAAUUAUAGAAAGUAAAUCAAAUUUAGUUGAAAAUAAGAUUAAUCUUUAUGAAUAAUAAAUAGAUUCUAAAUAAUCAUUUAGAAAAUAAAUUCAUGCUGAAAAGAAAUUGGAUUUAUUAAUAAAUAAACAUUAAUUAACUUUAAAAUAAGUUUCAUUUUUGUAAAAAUAAAUUAUUAGAAUUCAUAAAUAUUUACCAAACUUUUAAAUUGAGACAAUUAAAAGAUAAGCUAUAAAAAGAAAAAUAUUUUUGGAAUUUCCAAAAAUUUAAUCACCAGGUAUAAAUCUUCUUCCUCCUGAGAAGUCAAAUACAAUUUUCUUUUCUUCUUAACCUUAAUUAUUGAUACCUCCUCAAAUAAAUUAAUCUACAAGUUCUUAAAUUUAAAAAUCAGCAUUAGAUAUUGGUUAAAGUGAAUCAACUGAACCUUAAUAAUUGAGAAGAGAUUAAUCAGUUGAUCUUUAUAGAGAGCCUAGAGAAACUCCACCAAUUAGUCCUACUAAAAAACAUCAUUAAGUUUAAAUAUGUAACAAUUAAUAAAUUUAACAUUAUUUAGUUUUUUAAGAUACAUUAGCUCCACCUGAUGAUUCUUCAUCUGAUAGUGAUUAAGAUGUUGAUAUUGAAGCUUAAUUGUCUCCCAUUAAAAAUUUAUUAUCAAUAGAAAAAAAACUAUUUGUAAAUAAAUGUCCAUCUAAAAAUACAUAAACAGCAACUUAACUUCUAUUAUAAGAGAUUUAACAAUUUAGAAGAGACAAAAUUGAUAAUAUUGUCACUCGAUAAACUUUAUUAAAAUAUUUGUCUAGUUUUGUUUGUUGGUGUGUGAAAUAUGGAAAAUACAAUUAUCCUUUACACAUUUAAUUAUAUGAAUUCUAUUAAAUUGAGAAUUUCUAAUAACCUCCUCAAGUUUGGUUAUAAAAAUAUCAAAGAAUUAUUAAGAGUAUACUUUAUUAUAAGAAAAAAACAACAUAUGCUAAAUUAUUCCAUUAAAUGAUAAUUGGAGAUUAAAGUUUUAAUAUUUAUUUGAGUAUUUUAAAUAAUAUUCAAAAUAAGGAAUUUACAGAGAAUGGAAUUGUUGUCCAAUAAUCCUAACUUUCUGAAGUUAUCGGAUAAUAUGUAAAAAAUACUAUUCCAAAAUAUGUUCAACUUGUUGAUUAUGAUUAAGAAAUCUUGCCAUAUAUGUAAGUUUUAUUAGAUUGUAAAACAAAAGAGAUUACUUAAAAAUAUUAGUUAAUUUUAACUUUAUUUGAUUAGGAAAGGUUUACAUAACUUUAAUUUAGAUUAUUGUUAUAAGAAUUGGAUUCUUAGAAAACUGAAUAAUAGAUAAUAAAUUUAUUCAUGGGUGAAUGUGAUUUAGAAUAGAAUAGUAUUUAAUAUAUUUCACAUAAGAGAUUUUCAUAAAUUUGUGAAGAGCAUAAUUUGUUAUAAAAUUUAAAUGAGUAUUUGUAAAAGAAUAAUGCUUAAUACUUCAAUGAUAUGAGGUUAUGGAAAAUUAGAGAGAUUGAAUUGAAAAUGAUGUUGAUCAGAUCAUAGAAAUACGAUUCAAUGGAGAGAGAUAUAUUUUAUCGUAUGAAUUAAUUGAACUCUAACGAAUAGAGAAUAUUAUUAGGAAGAUUUCUAGAGCGAAGAGCUAAAGAGUUAUUGUUAGAUUAAUAUGCAUAUGAAUGCUUACCAUAAUUUAUGCAAAUCAUACUAAAUUCUUAAUGA